GCUAUCCCCCUCUAGGAAGCAAUUGAGGUGUGGUCGAAUGUUUAAUGACUCAGUGCUUCGAAUGGUAGACUCGCUAUAGAAAAACGUUAGAUAUUUUGUAAAUAAGAUUCUGCUGAAGUAUGGCAGCCAUAAGGAAGAAGUUGGUCAUCGUUGGGGACGGAGCCUGUGGUAAAACCUGCCUCCUGAUCGUAUUCAGUAAGGACCAGUUCCCAGAAGUCUAUGUCCCCACUGUGUUUGAGAACUACGUUGCUGACAUUGAAGUUGAUGGAAAGCAGGUUGAGUUGGCAUUAUGGGAUACGGCGGGACAGGAAGACUAUGACAGGCUCCGCCCACUAUCCUACCCCGACACUGACGUCAUACUAAUGUGCUUCUCUAUAGAUAGCCCCGACAGUUUAGAAAACAUCCCAGAAAAAUGGACACCAGAAGUCAAACACUUUUGUCCCAAUGUACCCAUAAUCCUAGUAGGCAACAAGAAAGACACAAGGAAUGACCCUAACACACAAAAAGAGCUCAAGAAAAGUAAACAAGAGCCGGUCAAAACAGCUGAGGGUCAGGCCAUGGCGGAACAGAUCCAUGCCUUCGCUUACCUCGAGUGUUCUGCCAAAACAAAAGAGGGGGUGAGAGAAGUAUUUGAAACAGCAACGCGAGCAGCACUGCAAGUUGAGUUGGCAUUAUGGGAUACGGCCGGACAGGAAGACUAUGACAGGCUCCGCCCACUAUCCUACCCCGACACUGACGUCAUACUAAUGUGCUUCUCUAUAGAUAGCCCCGACAGUUUAGAAAACAUCCCAGAAAAAUGGACACCGGAAGUCAAACACUUUUGUCCCAGUGUUCCCAUAAUCCUAGUAGGCAACAAGAAAGAUCUAAGAAACGACGAGAGUACGAAGCGAGAGUUGAUGAAGAUGAAACAGGAACCCGUGCGACCGGAAGACGGCCGUGCCAUGGCUGAAAAGAUCAAUGCUUAUGGAUAUUUAGAAUGCUCCGCUAAAACAAAAGAGGGCGUCCGUGAAGUGUUCGAAAAUGCCACCAGGGCGGCGCUGCAAACAAAGAAAAAGAAGAAGGGAAUAUGUGUUACUCUAUAACUCUACUGCGCAUGUAAGGGUGGGUCCAUCUCUUGUUUCUUAAAACAUUAUUUUUACUGAAGGAAUGGAUAAGUGGUACCUCAGCUCCCGGAAGUAGCGGAGAUAAUGUAAACAGGUCGCCAUUCCUGAAUCUGAACAAAGUUAUCAUAACUAAACGUGUACUCAUUUAAUUAGUGUUAAUCAUUUGUAAAGAUGCUGUGUAACAAGCCUUGACAUUCUGACUGUGUGACGUGUACAUUUGUGUCAUGACGUAAUGUGUCCAUGGAUACCGCUCCGCGCGUGCAAUUUUUCUAUUUUAUAAUUUUUCACGACAACUGGCGGACGGAGUGAAAUGAACCUUUCUAAAACGUUUUAAAGAUUUCUUAUAGUCAUGUAAUUCUACUGUUAUAAGAGGGAGAAUGACUUCAAUUUUUUAUUCAUGUAUUCUUAUUUAAGUUGUAAUAUCUCAUCAUGUAACUUUUGCGUAGCUUGUCUAAUAAAUGGAACCAAAGAC